ACGAGAGUGUUCGUGAGGGCUGUCGUGGAUACUCCUCAAAAGCAUCUCUAUACGUCCAGUCCGUUCUCGGAAUAUUUAUCUUUAGACAUGCGCGAGGCACCACCUGGUGAAGAACCCAGCAGACCUGAUCCGAAAGACAUAAAUGGAGACCCCGAAAUACGAAUCGAAGAAAAUAGAAAGGAAGCUGGCAUGCUUUGGGUAAUAGGACCGAUCAUAGCCGCUUUAAUGCUGUCUUUGUGUUUGAUAGUAAUGUUUAUAAUGAAGAGAAGAAGACAACCUUGCAAGACGCCUGACCAGGCCGCGGUGACACGGCCGUUAAUGUCAGCUGAUGUUGGCUUCGGAGCUCCGUCCGAUCCAGUAGAAAUGAGACGACUCAACUUCCAAACACCAGCCAUGAUAUCUCAUCCUCCUAUACCAAUAUCCGAACUCUGUGACCAUAUCGAAAGGCUAAAAGCGAACGACAAUUUGAAAUUCUCUCAGGAAUACGAAAGUAUUGAACCCGGACAGCAAUUCACGUGGGACCAUUCGAACAUGGACGUUAACAAACCGAAAAAUCGAUACGCAAAUGUGAUUGCUUACGACCACAGUCGCGUAAUACUGCAACCUAUCGAUGGAAUUCUUGGCAGUGACUAUAUCAACGCAAAUUACUGUGAUGGCUAUCGAAAACACAAUGCCUACGUCGCGACGCAAGGUCCGUUGCAGGAAACAUUCGCCGAUUUCUGGAGAAUGUGUUGGGAACUGCGCACGUCUACGAUAGUGAUGAUGACUAAAUUAGAGGAAAGAACACGUAUCAAAUGUGACCAGUAUUGGCCCAGUCGCGGUAGUGAAACGUAUGGCAUGAUGACGGUGACCAUCGCAGAGGUUCAAGAGCUUUCUACUUAUUGCAUUCGCACGUUCCAAGUGACGAGAAAUGGUGGCGCGGAACGUCGGGAAAUCAAACAAUUGCAGUUCACGGCUUGGCCUGACCACGGUGUACCGGACCAUCCAGCGCCAUUCCUACAAUUCUUGAGACGAGUGCGAGCUCUGAAUCCCCCUGACGCAGGUCCUUUGGUAGUGCAUUGCUCGGCGGGUGUCGGUCGUACUGGCUGCUUCAUCGUUAUCGACUCUAUGCUUGAGAGAGCACGACACGAGCGUACUGUCGACAUUUACGGCCACGUGACAUGUUUGCGAGCCCAACGCAACUACAUGGUACAAACCGAAGAUCAAUAC